UUCCGGUUUCCCAUGAUGCACUUCGAGAAACAUGGUGGCUGACAGCUUUCAUAAUAAUAUCUAUGUCGCUGCUGUUGGUUAGCUGAUUAUUAAGUUUCUGAGUUUAUAAGUGCGACGGUAUUGGUGUCGAAGAGGAUUGUGAACGAUGCCGAAGUAUUACGAGGACAAAGAGGAGGACACAAGAGCCUGUGCCGGUAUCAGAGAGGACUUCAAGGCAUGUCUCCUUCAGCACGACUGUGUUGUCAAGGAGGGAAAGAUGCCGAGUCAGUGUCUGAAGGAAGGGCACUGCAAAGCCUUGCAGACAUCCUUCUUUGAGUGCAAGAGAUCAAUGCUGGACACGAGAUCAAGAUUCAGAGGAAGGAAGGGAUAUUGAGGACCAGGUGAUGGCUGCCCGUGCUGAAUCUACGUAUCAGCAUCAAUUAUGCCCCAUCUGAAGGACCCUGGCAACAAAGUGGGUAGCGAAGGACUACGAAAUAUGAGAGAACAUUUGACACUGACUUACACAAGGAUUACCGAAACAUCAUCAAAAGACAACGGCGCCAUUACUCGGCCUGGAGUUUGGAGCAUCAAGAAAAAUGUGCUAUGCUGAAUGAAUGAGUGUUUGUGUUGUGUGUAAUAAAAUAACUAAUGAAUAAAA